UCCAUUUGUUAUUAUGACUUCUGAUGAUACAAACGCGCUAACCAUCAAGCUUUUGGAGUCGAACUCCUACUUCGGAAUGGAACCAUCUCAAGUGAAAAUACUAAAGCAGGAAAAAGUAGCAUGUCUAGCUGACAAUGAUGCAAGGCUUGCAUUAGACCCAAAUGAUAAGUACAAAAUUCAGACAAAGCCACAUGGGCACGGAGAUGUUCAUUCUCUUCUCUAUUCAAGUGGCUUGCUUGAACAAUGGAAGAGUGAAGGGCGGAAGUGGGUUCUCUUUUUCCAGGAUACAAAUGGGUUGCUUUUCAAUGCAAUACCAUCAGCAUUAGGUGUCAGUGCCACUAAGGGUUACAAUGUAAAUUCUCUCGCAAUUCCUAGGAAGGCAAAAGAAGCAAUUGGAGGAAUUACCAAACUUACUCAUGUUGAUGGUAGAACAAUGGUCAUCAAUGUAGAGUACAAUCAGCUUGAUCCACUCCUUCGUGCAACUGGACAUCCUGAUGGAGAUGCAAAUUGUGAGACAGGCUAUUCUCCAUAUCCUGGAAAUAUAAACCAGCUGAUACUGGAGCUUGGACCAUACAUAGAGGAGCUCAAGAAAACACAUGGUGCCAUUUCUGAAUUUGUAAAUCCCAAGUAUACUGAUUCGACCAAGAUGGCAUUUAAAUCCUCCACUCGUCUAGAAUGCAUGAUGCAAGACUAUCCAAAAACACUGCCUCCAUCAGCAAAAGUUGGAUUCACGGUGAUGGAUACAUGGCUUGCUUAUGCUCCUGUGAAGAAUAAUCCUGAAGAUGCAGCUAAAGUUCCGAAAGGCAAUCCUUAUCAUAGUGCAACCUCAGGAGAGAUGGCAAUUUACAGGGCAAACAGCCUUAUUUUGAGAAAGGUUGGUGCACAGAUUGCUGACCCUGUAGUUUACACCUUCAACGGGCAAGAGGUAGAGGUUUGGCCACGAAUAACCUGGAGUCCACGGUGGGGUCUUACCUUCAAGGAUGUCGAGGAGAAAGUGCGUGGCAACUCUUCCAUUUCUCAGAGGUCAGCUUUGGUCAUCAAUGGUCGGAACAUCUUCCUUGAAGGCCUUUUGUUGGACGGCACUCUUAUUGUCAAUGCUGUCGAUGAUGCUGAGGUUAAAGUUACUGGUCAUGUACAUAAUUGGAUUAUCCGGCACGUCGACUACAAGGACACCUCCGAGAAGGAAGAGACCAGAAUUCGCGGAUUUAAGUUCGAGAAGGUUGAACAGCUAGAGGUGGACUACACCAAGCCAGGAAAGCAUUCCUUGAGUGCAUGAACAACACGUCCCUUGAUUGCCUGAUCGACCUGACUAGCUUCCAACCAGUUGGAAAUAGUUCACGUCACGAUUGUCUCCCAGAUUUUGGGAGGCCAUUAGCUUAUCUGAAAGUGUUCUUGUCCUUCUAAAGUACAAAUAAGGAGCAAAGCGCUUCACCAAUCACUCGCCAUUCUUAAUGUGCAUCUGUAGUUGUACAGUACCCUCGUUCAUAGCCAACCAUUUUACGCCCUUUUCCAUCAAAGUUGAUUAUUUGUAUUGGAUCUGAUGUUGGUGUAAUAAUUUAUAAUGAAU